AUGUCUGUCGAGACAGUACCUCGUGAUCUGCGAAAUCUUCGGGCCUGUUUGUUGUGCUCUUUAGUGAAGUCGUUAGAGCAAUUUGAGAUGGAUGGCUGUGAGAAUUGCGACCGAGUCCUGCAUAUGAAGGGCGACACUGACAAGGUUUAUGAAUGCACUAGCACAAAUUUUGAUGGAAUGAUAGCCUCCAUGAUGCCUGAGGACUCCUGGGUUUGCAAGUGGCAGAAAAUCAAUCGUAAAUGCAAAGGAAUUUACGCGAUCUCUAUGUCUGGAUCUCUUCCACCAUCAGUGGUUUCGGAGUUGAAAACGGUCGGAAUCCGGUAUAAACCAGGAAUGCGGGACACUGCAUCUAAAUAA